UGUAAGUAUGUCUCCUGCUAAUACGUUUUAUUGUUUUUUUCUUUUUAACUCCUGGAAUGUAAUGCUUCCAUUCCUUUUUUCUUUCGUUCUUGUUGGGUUUAAUGAGUAGAGAUCUUUGGGUUCAUUUUCAGAGAUCUGCUACUCAAAAAAUCUUUGUUUCUUUUCUUCUUAUUCUAAAUUUUCUUACUAUCUGUUCUUGGGGUUCGUUGUUUGAUUUUUGCAGGGUGUUGAAAUGGCUCUACCAUACACACCCAAGAACAUUCUCAUCACAGGAGCUGCUGGGUUCAUCGCCUCCCAUGUCUGCAAUCGUCUCAUCCGAAACUACCCUGACUACAAGAUUGUAGUUCUUGAUAAGCUUGACUAUUGUUCCAACUUGAAGAACCUCAAUCCCUCACGCCUCUCUCCUAACUUCAAGUUCAUCAAGGGAGACAUUGCCAGUGCUGAUCUUGUCAACUUCAUCCUCCUCACCGAGUCCAUUGACACCAUUAUGCACUUUGCUGCGCAGACCCAUGUUGAUAACUCGUUCGGCAACAGCUUUGAGUUUACCAAAAAUAACAUUUAUGGAACUCAUGUUCUUUUGGAAGCCUGCAAGACCACUGGCCAGAUCAAGAGGUUCAUCCAUGUUAGUACAGAUGAAGUUUAUGGAGAGACAGAAGAGGAUGCCGUGGUGGGAAACCAUGAAGCUUCCCAGCUUCUUCCUACAAACCCAUAUUCUGCAACUAAAGCUGGCGCUGAAAUGCUGGUUAUGGCUUAUGGCCGUUCCUAUGGCUUACCCGUCAUUACUACCAGAGGCAACAAUGUUUAUGGGCCCAAUCAAUUUCCUGAAAAGCUGAUUCCAAAGUUCAUUUUGUUGGCUAUGAAAGGAAAAUCUCUUCCUAUCCAUGGGGACGGAUCAAAUGUGAGGAGUUACCUCUACUGUGAGGAUGUAGCCGAGGCGUUUGAAGUAAUUCUUCAUAGAGGUGAAGUAGGCCAUGUCUACAAUAUUGGAACCAAGAGAGAAAGAAGGGUUCUUGAUGUUGCCAUAGAAAUCUGCAAACUCUUCUCUUUAAACCCGGAUAUGUAUAUUAAAUUUGUGGAGAAUAGGCCUUUCAAUGACCAGAGAUAUUUCUUAGAUGAUCAGAAGCUUAAAAAUUUGGGUUGGUUUGAGAGGACUUCGUGGGAGGAAGGUGUUAGAAAAACCAUGGAAUGGUAUGUGAGAAAUCCUGACUGGUGGGGAGAUGUCUCAGGAGCACUUUUGCCUCAUCCAAGGAUGUUGAUGGUACCUGGAAUUGAUAGGCAUUUUAAUGGUCCUGACAUGAGCAAUUCUGAUUCAACCUUAACAACAGACAACUCUAGCCAAAGCCGAAUGGUUGUUUUAAGCCCCAAGAACAAUCCCUCUGAGAAAAAAUCAUCUCUAAAGUUUUUGAUUUAUGGCAGAACAGGUUGGAUUGGUGGACUUCUUGGCAAGAUUUGUGAGAAACGAGGUAUACCCUAUGACUAUGGAAGAGGGCGUUUGGAGUAUCGAUCCCAGGUGUUGGCAGAUAUUCAAUGUGUUAAGCCAACACAUGUUUUCAAUGCAGCUGGAGUGACUGGUAGACCCAAUGUAGACUGGUGUGAAUCUCAUAGACCAGAAACAAUUCGAACCAAUGUUGUUGGCGCAUUAACCUUGGCAGAUGUUUGCAGAGAGCGUGGUCUCCUUCUGAUGAAUUAUGCCACUGGUUGUAUUUUUGAGUAUGAUGACACCCAUCCGAUGGAGUCGGGAAUUGGAUUUACAGAGGCAGACAAAGCCAACUUCACUGGUUCUUUCUAUUCCAAAACCAAAGCCAUGGUAGAAGAGCUCCUAAGAGAAUAUGAUAAUGUCUGUACCCUCAGAGUCCGGAUGCCCAUAUCAUCUGAUCUCACCAACCCACGUAACUUUAUCACGAAGAUCACUCGAUAUAACAAAGUGGUUAAUAUUCCAAACAGCAUGACAGUGUUGGAUGAGCUUCUUCCCAUUUCAGUUGAAAUGGCAAAGAGAAAUUUAAAGGGUAUAUGGAACUUCACAAACCCAGGUGUUGUGAGUCACAAUGAGAUUCUUGAGAUGUACAAGAAUUAUGUUGAUCCCAGCUUCAAGUGGAUCAAUUUCAACCUGCAAGAACAGGCCAGAGUUAUCGUUGCACCUCGAAGCAACAACGAACUCAACUCAUCCAAGCUGAAGAAGGAAUUCCCUCAACUUUCGCCAAUCAAGGAGUCACUUAUUAAGUACGUCUUUGAACCCAACAACAAAGAAUUUGCUGGUAAACCAGCGAAAUAAGCAUCUCAUGAGCCUAACUUCUUUGGUUUUUUGGAAUAAAAUUCUAUUAUUUUAUACAUACAAUAGCUAGGAUAAUUGUAUUGUUUGCUAAAUUUUGGUUAUGGCAACUAUCAAUAAGAAGCCUCUCAAUGGCUUCACUUCAUAUAGAUGUAUACUUUUCUGAACCUGUGUUGUUCUGCGAGUUUAUACUCCAAUCAUAACACUAUUUAUUCAAUGAUUUUUUGUGGUAAUUUUGAUCUAAUCUGCUUCAAUGAGUCCAUCCACCACCAAAUUCGGGACA